GUUGUGAAGCUUUGCGAUAUGGCAAGCUCAGGAAGGCAUGGUAGUAGCAACACAGAGAAUGUUACAUCAGUUAGUUGGAUGCCAACGGGUUCUCACAUAGCCGUUGGGACAGCUCUAGGUCCUGUUGAAAUUUGGGAUGUUCAUCAAAGUAAAAAAAUCAGAAAGAUGAAAGGACAUGUUCAACGAGUAGGUGCCUUAUCUUGGAACUCUUAUAUUGUUAGUUCUGGAGGGCGAGAUAGGAUGAUUUAUCAUAGGGAUAUCAGAUCCCAAAAUGACUAUACAGCUAAAUUAUCUGGGCAUAGACAAGAG